CUUUACAGCAGGCCGAACAGGCUGCUUUCUGGUGUGUCACUGUACCGAGGGGAAGCACAGACACAAGGUAAGUCUGCAGUGACUUCCCUGCUGGAUGGACUGAACCAGGUGUUCGAGGAGGUGUCAACCCAGGGUGGAGGAGCAAAGGGGCAGGAUGUUCACUUGGAGCAGAAGUUGUAUGAUCCUGUCUCUGCCACUUCCACUUGGAUGGAUGAUGUUGAAGAGCGUUUAUUUGUAGCCACAGCACUUUGGCCAGAAGAAACGGAAACUUGUCUCUUCAACCAGGAGGCACUUGCCAAAGACAUAAAGGAAAUGUCUGAAGAAAUGGAUAAGAACAAGAAUUUGUUUUCCCAAACUUUCCCAGAGAACAGUGACAAUCAGGAUGUCAUUGAAGACACUCUGGGCUGCCUUUUGGGUAGAUUAUCCCUGCUUGACUCAGUAGUGGGUCAGCGUUGUCAUCAGAUGAAGGAAAGACUCCAGGAAAUACUCAAUUUCCAG